CGAUUUUCUGGCAACACACACUUAAAACUUCACCGAAGAAAUCAAAAGAGUUGUAUUUCUUCUGUUUCAAUCAAGGAGUCUUGAAGAUGGCUAAAACUCUAAAUUCUGAUGGAGCUCUGCUGAAUAAAAUAGAGUGGUUCAACUUUCUAACCACCCUUAAAAUGGAUCGAUUCAUGCAGAUGAGCCUUCUUCAUGCAAACCAACCACUCGUACCCGACGCAACUCCGGUACCAGGCUUUGAACGGUUGAUGUGUGCUCCUCAGAUCGGUCGAAAUCAGAAAAUUCACACCAUGAGGCAACCAGUCGUCGAGUUUCCUCAAGAAAAGUCCUUCUUGGAUGAUCUGUAUGGCCUUCAAGAAGACGAAGUGGAUGCUCUUUUCAAUGGGAUUUCGGUCAAUGGCUUUUCAGACUACUCCGCUUUCAAUCCCGAACCAGAGAGAUUUAAUAAAGAUUUUGAUCACUUACCAGACCCAGCAGUGUUUGAUGGGCUGCUAGAUGAAGUACCCAACACAACAUAUCCACCCAGUUUUUUGCCUGUCAUCACAAAAGAGGAGGCUAAGUUCCAAGUUUGUGGUGAUACAGUGUACAACUCACCCGCUAGCAGCAGCCCUCCUUACAGCCCACCUACCAGUGAAUCCGGUUCAAACACCAGUACUGACGAAGGGAUUCAAAGUGACCUUGAAAACAUUGAUGACUUAUUUGUGGACAGAGUGAGUCAGUCUGCAGAGUCACCCUUAUCAGUAAAUGGCGAAGCUGACCAAUGCAAUAUUAAACAGGAACCAACUUUGUCAGCUGUUGUACCCAAGCCAGUGAGAAGACGAAAGCGUGGGCCAAGACCACUGGUCAAAUAUCGGGGUGAUGGACCUAUUCAACUGUGGCAAUUCCUAUUGGAGUUGGUCACUGACCCUAAAUGUUCAAAGCUGAUCAAGUGGACUCAAGAUGAGGACUAUGAGUUCAAGAUUCUUCAGCCCUCAACAGUGGCCAGGAUGUGGGGGAAGAAGAAAAACAAGCCAACAAUGAACUACGAGAAGUUGAGCCGUGGUAUCCGUUACUACUAUGGCAAUUCAGUGAUUGAGAAGGUUCAUGGGAAAAGAUAUGUCUACAGGUUCUUGUGUGAUAUUCCAAAAAUUCUUGGCUAUGAUCCAAUGGCCAUUAAAGGUGAAGACCUUGUGGAUGAUGCAGUGUGUGGAGAAGCUGUACCUGAAGUCAAUGAUGCACAUGUUCCUUCUUCAGUUGAAGAUAGCUUUCUUGCUGGAUAUCUUGACUUCAGUGCACUUUAUUAGUUAAAUUCUUACAGUUUAUGUUGAGACCCAAAACGUUGUGUAACGUUCAGUUGUGUUAUUUCAAUAACAUUUUUUGUAGCUUGUAUCAAGCAGACUAUGUGGUAGUUAGCCACAAUGUUUUAUAAAUCGUAUCGAUUUUAUCUAUGCAAAUGUUACGAAGCAAAUUGUACAAUCAGUGUGCCAUACCAAAUUUGGAAAGGUUUUAGAGGGAAUGCACAGUUUUCUUGGGAAGAUUUGUUAAAAAAUUGCAUACUAUGUAUGCACCCUUAAAAAUUAAACAAAUUGUGUGUAUAAUUAAUCGUUAGAUAUACUAAGAUUAAUGAAAAGAAAUCUUGUUUCCUGUUACUCUAUGCCAUUUUGUAGCUUUUACAAUGUCUUGUGGAUGCUGGCAUGAAAUGCUGUGAUUACAGUUUGAUCAUCAAUAUUGUUUAAAAAAUACUAUCACUUAUUUUAAUGUUUAUAUUUAUUUAGUACACGAGUUGAACAAAUUAAGGCCUACACAGGUGUUAAAGAAAUUAUCAAUCUAUCUGUCCAAAGUUGAAAUAUUAUCACCUCAGCUUUUGAAGUUAUUUCAGUUUACAAUUUAAAGUAAUUGUAAUUAUUGUUACACUGAACCAGUGAGCACUGUACUUUUUGUCUUUAUAUUGCUACCAGGUAGCCUUAUUUGUGAGAAAUUAGUGUCUGUAAUGUUCUAUUGAGAAGGUGGAAUUAAAUUAAAAUACUUCUAAAUCAUA